GAGAUGAACGGGGCGCGGGACUGGUGUACCUUGGUGGACGUGCACCCCGAGACCCCGAGCGCGGCGGGCAGGAAGACCUAUGCCAUGGUCUCCAGCCGCCCAGCGGGUCCGUCUCUGGCCUCGGAGCUGGUGGAGUCCAACGAUGGACACGAGGAGAUCAUUAAGGUGUACUUGAAGGGGGGCACGUCUGGAGACAGGAUGAUCCAUGAGAAGAACAUUGACCAGCUGAAGAGCGAGGUCCAGUACAUCCAGGAGGCCAGGAGCUGCCUCCAGAAGCUCCGAGAAGAUAUAAGUAGCAAGCUUGACAGAGAUCCAGGAGAUUCUUUCCAUCAGCAGGAGAUACAGACGGACAGCUACAUGAGUGAAGAUGCGGAGAGCCUGCGGAGGACCGUGCGGGAGCUGCUUGCCAAGCUGCAGGAGGCUGAGCAGCAGCAUCAGUCAGACCGGGUGGCUUUCGAGGUCAUGCUCAGCCAGUACCAGAGAGACGCAGAAGAGAGUAACGUGGCCCUCCAGAGAGAGGAGGACAGAGCGGAGCAGAAGGAGGUGGAAAUCGGAGAGCUGCAGAGGCGCUUGUCGGACAUGGAGACGGAGCAUCAGGCCUUGCUGGAGAAAGUCAGGGAAGGAGAGGCGGCCCUGCAGGAGCUUCGCAGCCAGAGCGCUGACUGUCGAGCGGAACAAGAAAAGGCUGCUAACCUGGAAAAGGAGGUGGCUGGCUUGCGGGAGAAGAUCCACCACUUGGAUGACAUGCUUAAGAGCCAGCAGCGCAAAGUCCGGCAAAUGAUCGAGCAGCUCCAGAAUUCAAAAGCCGUCAUCCAGUCCAAGGACACUGCCAUUCAGGAGCUCAAGGAGAAAAUCGCUUAUCUGGAGGCCGAGAAUUUAGAGAUGCACGACCGGAUGGAACACCUGAUCGAAAAGCAGAUCAGCACCCAGCACCACGGCAAUUUCAGCACUCAGACCGGGGCCAAGGCAGACCACCGGGGCAGCAUCAGGAUAUCCAAGCCCCCGAGCCCCAAGCCCAUGCCUCUCAUCCGAGUAGUGGAAACCUGAAGUGGACAGAGAUGGGCAGUGGACACCGCUGUUGCUGCCGCCUCUUGCCUGUGGAGAAGCCUGCCACCCUGUAGGCCGUUAGCGCAGACUCUUGACUCUUGUUCCCUGACUGCUGGCCGGGCUUCGCACUCAUGUGCCCUGUGUCCAAACUCCUCUCCCCGGGAUGCCAGGAAGGCAGAGGGAGAGUGCCUCCUCUGGACACCGCAGCCCUUUGGAAGCCUUCGCCCCACCAGCAGGAGCCAGGGCGGUCUCCUUAGCACCAUAGUUAGUAGUUUUCUCUGGAGCAGAGCCUCCCUACUGUUGUAAACAGCUGGCCGGCCCACUGCCCCAGAAGCCAGAUCCUCGCCAGCUCGGGAGGGGUGUCAAGAUUUGCCUCAGCCCUAAAAACUGGAGACCCCAAUGUCCACGGUGACUGCAGAGUGUCUGGGCCAAGGAGUGAAGCUCCUACUGCAAACACGUCUCGGUUCUUAGCAACCAGCGGUUUGUUGUUCUGUUGGCCUCACCCUCCACCCAGGCUGCACUGGGCCUCCUGUGGACAGACACGGGGCCUCCUGGUCAGGGCCUGGUCAGGGUCAGGGAGCCUCAUCUUUGAUGGGCUUGUUUUUUUCUGGGGAGAUGGGAGUGUACAUUCUGGGCGGCGCUUUGAGCAGAAUGAUUUUCUUGGACCACGAACAGCUACGCGUGACUUCCCUCUGCUGUGAAGACUCCCAGAACCACUUCAGAUUUCCUGUAAGAUGCAGCGCCAGCCACACCCCGAGCUCCUCCACUGGAGCCUGCAAACUGUCCUCUCUGGGUCCCGGGAAAACCCCAGUUGUAUUUAUUUUUCUAAGUUAUUGGUGUUUUCGCUUAUACUUCGCCAUGGAUUUGAUACCAAAGUUCUGCAGCCUUCUCUCGUGAUGCUAGGGUUUUGCUCCAAACUGGAGAAAGAGCCGUCCCACCGGAAGUGUGGACUUUGGAAUGACAUUGUCACUGGAAUCUCCUGCUGCUUUUUCUGGACCUCUCCUCCUCCCAAACCCCGCCCUGCCCUGUUCCUCGGGAAGGCAAGGGUGUUUUUCCCCCCAGGUGUGUCCUGCGUGUACACAUUUCUGAUGGAAGAGGACAACCAGGACUCGGGGAGAAGGACUGAGUUCUGCCCGGGCUCUGGAUGGUCCACAAGCCCGGCUUUCUCCAGGGCUCUUCCUGCAGCCCUACAGAGAGAAGUGUGGAAACAGACACAUUACAAGUAAGCAUGGAUUAAGUACUUAGGCUCCACUUGGCUGAAAUCCAGAAGCCGUAGGUCUGUGCGUGUCUGUAGCUCAGGCCUUGUGUACCCUGGAGUGCUGGGGUUUCAGGCCUCUUACUCAAUGGUGAAAUGAGGGAUUUGGCCAGAUGAUCUCCCUGGAACCUUCCAGCUCCGAUACAUAUAUUUGGUUCUUGUUUUUUUGUUUUUUUCCUUCUGUGACAUAUUCUUUGUAUAGUGACUUUAAUAAAUUAUGUUAAUGCCCCUCUGA